GCGUCGCUGCACUGGCAACACUGGUCUCAUCUGCAGCAGGAUAAACUUUGAUAAGAGCAGGAUAUUUGUUUAUUUGCACAAAAAGUUGAGAAAAUUCGCCCGUGCAGUGUGCUAACAGAAAGUCAACGCCAGCAACAGUUGAAAAUCAAGCAACAGCAAAAGUCGCUUCCAACGCAUUUGGUCGUGGCGGCAACUAAAAGCACAGCAAAAACAAAAUUUUGCAACACAGUGGUGGCAGUGAGAGGGGAAGCAGCAGCAUGUGGGACUCUUCCAUGUUUCUAAGCACACUGACGCCAAAAUUUUAUGUUGCACUUACUGGCACCUCAAGUUUAAUAUCUGGCCUAAUACUCAUUUUUGAAUGGUGGUAUUUUCGCAAAUAUGGUACUUCGUUUAUCGAACAAGUAUCGAUCAAUCACAUUAGUCCCUGGAUAAAUGGAAAUGAUCCACAAUCAGAUAAUGGAAGCAGCAGUAGCAGUGGCUCGAGCAGCAGCAGCAGUGGCGGUGGCGGUGUGAAUAGUGGUGGGAACAGUGCAAAUUCAACUACAAGUACUGGCACGCCAGAAUGCAAAGUUUGGCGCAAUCCAUUAAAUCUCUUUCGCGGUGCUGAAUAUCAGCGAUUCUUUUGGGCUACCAGCAAGGAGCCAUUGACCUACUACGAUAUGAAUUUAAGCGCACAAGAUCAUCAGACAUUCUUUACUUGCGAGGGGGAUGCACGCAAGGAGGAAUAUGAAAUUAUGCAGACGGCAUGGCGUGAACGCAAUCCCAUGCAACGCAUCAAAUCCGCCCACAGCGCGUUAGAGAUUAAUCCUGAGUGUGCGCCAGCUUACAUACUGCUCGCCGAGGAGGAGGCCAUGACCAUAGUGGAGGCGGAGAAGAUACUGAAGACGGCUCUAAAGGUGGCUGAGAUCAACUAUCGUAGGUCGCAGGCAACACAGCACCAGGGUGCCAUAGCGGAUGGCGUGCAUCGGCGGGACACCAAUGUGCUCAUCUAUAUCAAGCGUAGACUCGCCAUGUGCGCUAGGAAGCUAGGUAAGCUAAAGGAGGCGGCCAAGAUGUUUCGCGAUCUGACCAAAGAGAUUCCCUCGAUUAUGAGCGUCCUCAACAUACACGAGAAUCUAAUUGAGACGCUGCUCGAGAUGCAGGCCUAUGCCGAUUGUCAUGCCAUACUGGCUAAGUACGAUGAUAUCUCGCUACCGAAAUCCGCAACCAUUUGCUAUACAGCUGCGUUGUUAAAGGCUCGCGCCGUGGCGGAUAAAUUCUCACCGGAUAUUGCCUCAAAGCGUGGUCUAAGUCCGGCUGAAAUGAGCGCCGUAGAGGCCAUACAUCGGGCUGUCGAGUUUAAUCCGCAUGUGCCCAAAUAUUUGCUGGAGACAAAGCCACUUAUUCUGCCGCCCGAGCAUAUACUCAAGCGUGGCGACUCCGAGGCAUUGGCCUAUGCAUUCUUUCAUUUGAAGCACUGGAAGCAGGUGGAGGGCGCAUUGAAUUUGCUUCACUGCACCUGGGAGGGCACAUUCCGUAUGCUGCCCUAUCCACUAGAGCGUGGUCAUCUCUUUUAUCCAUAUCCCACAUGCACUGAGUGCGCUGAUCGCGAACUGCUGCCAGCUUUCCAUGAGGUCUCUGUCUAUCCCAAGAAGGAGCUGCCAUUUUUCAUAUUGUUUACGGCCGGACUGUGCAGCUUUACGGCAUUGCUAGCAUUGCUCACGCAUCAGUAUCCAGAGCCAAUGGGUAUCUUGGCACAAACUGUACUUACCUGGAUGCUGUACCCCAUUCAAUUGCUCAAGGAGCGCAUCGAGGCGUUCUGGCCCUGUAAUCUGCUCCAGCAAUUAUCGCGCGUUUAAAUUAGUUAUUCGCUGACGUCAACGCGCACACACACACACACACACUCUUACACCUACAGGAAAAAAACAAAUACACAUAUAUGCAAAUAUAUAUUUAGA